GAACUUCAAGAUUUUAUAGAUGAUGCUAAAGUAGUAUUGAAAUUAGAACUAAAAAGAGAUGAUUUUGAUGGCUUGGUAAAAAUCCUUUCGGUAUUAAACCAAAUAAAUGAAAAGCAGUUUACUUUCGAUAAUAUGUUUGACCCUUUAAGAGAAAUUGUAAAUUUACUUAAAAAAUAUGGAUACGAGUUUAGGGAUACUGAGCUCUUACAACUUAAUGAGCUUCCUGAUGCAUGGCAAAAAAUUAAACGACAAGCUGCGGUAACAAAACAGCUUAUUGCACCCAUACAAAGCUAUCAAGUGGAUCAAAUUGAAAAGCGCAUUUUGCUCUGCAACAAUAUGGCAAAUACUUAUCGAAAAAAAUUUAUGCAAAAGAAAUUUUUUUCUGUUCCUUGCCCUAAUUGCUAUGAGCUUAUUGAUGAAACAGACUUAGAGAUCGUUGAAUUAGAACAACGGCAACAGACUUUGACGGAAUCAUCUGUUCUUUUCGAGCUGCAAGGGCCAGAUCCUGCAAAAAUUGAACUUUGUCGAAAUGAUUUAAAGCUUGCUAAAAUAAUGUGGGAUUUUUCUAUUUCAAUAGAAUCUACUAUAAAUGAUUGGAAAAAAACACCGUGGAAAAAAAUUGAUAUUGAAGGAAUGGACCAAGAAUGUAAAAAGUUUGGUAGAGAGUUAAGAGGAUUAGACCCAAGUAUGCGUACGUGGGAACCAUUUAUAUUUAUGGAAGCAUCUUUAAAAAAUUUAAUGACAUCACUGCGUGCAGUCACGGAACUUCAAAAUCCGGCAAUAAGGGACAGGCAUUGGGUUGAACUUAUGCAGACUACUCAGGUAAAAUUCAGCAUGGAUGAUUCAACGACUCUAAAGUAUCUUAUUGAUCUAAAUCUACAUGAAUAUGAAGAAGAAGUUAAAAAUAUUGUUGAUAAGUCUGUAAAAGAAAUGAACAUGGAAAAACAACUUCGAGAUAUAGCAGCUGCUUGGGCUGGUAUGGAAUUUGGCAUAGAAAUUCAUGAACGUACAGGUAUUAAAUUAUUAAAAGCCUCAGAAGAAAUGAUUGAAACGCUCGAAGAUCAUCAAGCUCAAAUACAAAAUAUGAUCUCCUCGAAAUAUGUAACUUUUUUCCUUCAUGAAGUUUCUACUUGGCAACUGAAACUAUCAAAUGCUGACCAGAUUAUUGGUUCUUGGUUUGAAGUCCAACGAAAGUGGCAAUAUCUAGAGAGUAUUUUUAUUGGCUCUGAGGACAUACGGUCACAGCUUCCUGAGGAUUCAAAGCGUUUUGAUUUUAUUGAUAAAGAGUUUAGAGCACUUUUGGCCCAAAUGAACUCGGAUCGAAAUGUUGUACGCUCUACAAAUCGUUCUGGUAGUAAACUUAACGAGCAUUUGGAAACGUUACUUAAAAUGCUUCUACUAUGUGAAAAAGCCCUAAACGAUUAUUUGGAGACUAAACGAUUAUGUUAUCCUCGUUUCUAUUUUGUUUCCUCAGCUGAUUUGUUGGAUAUUUUGUCGAAUGGUAAUAGCCCAGCAAUGGUAUCGCGCCAUUUGACUAAAUUAUAUGAUUCAGUUGGUAAACUCAAUCUCAUAGCUGGCACUAGACAAGCAGGUGGGAUGGUGGCUAAAGAACUCGAAGAAUAUGUCCCAUUUCUUCAAAAUUGUGAUUGCAGUGGUAAAGUAGAAGUUUGGCUUAAUCGAGUGACCGACAAAAUGAGGGAGACGCUCCGUGAUCAGCUAAGACGUUCGUUAACUCAAUAUGAUCAUAAGCCUCGUCACGUUUGGAUAUUUGAAUGGCCAGCGCAACCAGCAUUAGUUGGUACUCAAAUAAUGUGGACAGCUGAAACUAAUGAUGCAUUUGCUAAAGUACAGCUGCGGUACGAAAAUGCUCUUAAGGACUAUAAUAGAAAACAAGUGAAUCAACUAAAUAACCUAAUUAUACUUCUAUUGGGAGAUCUUACAGCUGCAGAGCGUCAGAAAGUUAUGACUGUUUGUACCAUAGACGUUCAUAGUCGUGACGUUGUGGCUAAUAUUAUAACAAAAAAAAUUGAGGUACAGACAGCAUUUCAGUGGCAAAGCCAAUUGCGCCACCGAUGGGAUAGUAAAAUUGACGAUUGCUUUGCGAACAUAUGUGAUGCCCAAUUUCGUUAUGAUUACGAGUAUCUUGGUAACACUCCUCGUCUUGUAAUCACUCCACUUACUGACCGUUGCUAUAUAACGCUAACUCAAUCUUUACAUCUUGUAAUGGGCGGCGCUCCUGCUGGUCCCGCUGGUACAGGAAAAACCGAAACAACUAAAGAUUUAGGACGUGCUUUAGGUAUGAUGGUAUACGUUUUUAAUUGCUCCGAGCAAAUGGACUAUCAAUCAAUUGGUAAUAUACAUAAAGGUCUUGCCCAAACAGGAGCUUGGGGUUGCUUUGAUGAGUUUAAUCGCAUAUCAGUUGAAGUAUUAUCCGUCGUUGCUGUUCAAGUCAAAUGUAUGCAAGACGCAAUAAAAGCGAAAAAAACAACUUUUAGUUUUCUAGGUGAAUACAUUGCCCUACGAGCGACGGUAGGUGUAUUUAUAACCAUGAAUCCGGGAUACGCUGGCCGUGCUGAGCUGCCGGAAAACCUCAAAGCCCUUUAUCGCCCCUGUGCAAUGGUGGUACCUGACUUUGCCCUUAUUAGUGAAAUUAUGUUGGUCGCGGAGGGAUUUCAGGAAGCACGUUUGCUAGCAAGAAAAUUUAUUACGCUGUACACACUAUGCAAAGAAUUACUCUCGAAGCAAGAUCAUUAUGAUUGGGGGUUACGCGCUAUUAAAUCAGUUCUUGUAGUUGCUGGAGCUCUAAGGCGUGAUGAUCGUAUGAGACCUGAGGAUCAAGUACUUAUGCGAGCAUUAAGAGAUUUUAAUAUUCCAAAAAUUGUAACUGACGAUCUUCCUGUUUUCAUGGGCCUUAUUGGUGAUUUGUUUCCGGCAUUAGACGUACCUCGAAAGCGGAAUUUGGAAUUCGAGACUGUAAUUAAACGGUCAGCAAUCGACUUAAAAUUACAACCAGAGGAUGGCUUUAUUUUAAAAAUUGUUCAACUAGAAGAAUUGUUUGCAGUGCGCCAUUCAGUAUUUAUUAUAGGUUUUGCUGGAACUGGAAAGUCAGAGGUGUGGAAAACACUUAAUAAAACUUAUCAUAACCAAAAACGGAAGCCGCAUUACAAUGAUCUCAAUCCAAAGGCGGUAACAAAUGAUGAAUUAUUUGGGAUUGUUAAUCCAGCAACUCGCGAAUGGAAAGACGGCCUAUUCUCUAUUUUAAUGCGUGAUCAAGCUAAUUUGGGCGGAACUGGUCCAAAGUGGAUUGUGCUUGAUGGUGACAUUGAUCCUAUGUGGAUUGAAAGCCUAAACACUGUAAUGGAUGAUAACAAGGUUUUAACUUUAGCCAGCAAUGAACGAAUUGCGCUUACUAAAGAAAUGCGCUUACUUUUCGAGAUAGCAUCCCUACGUACUGCAACACCAGCAACAGUCUCUCGAGCAGGAAUACUUUACAUAAAUCCGCAGGAUUUAGGAUGGACCCCUUUCAUACAGUCCUGGUUAGGUACGCGAACUAACGCAAGUGAAGUAGCUACACUUAAUGUACUUUUUGAUAAAUAUGUGCCGCCAUUACUAGAACUUUUUCGGGGACGGCUAAAGAGCAUCACUCCUAUUUCAGAUAUUGCCCGGUUGCAAAUGACGUGCUUCUUAUUAGAUAGUACAUUGACUCCACAGAAUGUGCCUCAUGACUGUCCCAAAGAUUGGUACGAGAUUUAUUUUGUUUUUAGUGUUAUUUGGGGUUUUGGAUCCUCCCUUUUUCAAGACCAGAUUAUAGAUUGGCGUAAUGAGUUUAGUAAAUGGUUUCAGAAUGAAUAUAGAGCUGUCAAAUUUCCACCAUCAGGAAAUAUAUUUUCAUACUAUAUACAUAAUGAAAGCAAAAAAUUUUUACCUUGGACUAAUCUUGUACCGGACUUUGAACUUGAUCCUGAUCUUCCCCUCCAAUCAAAUUUGGUUAAUUCUGCAGAGACAACUCGGCUUCGCUUUUUUAUGGAUACUCUUAUUGAAGAAGAUCAUCCUCUAAUGCUUAUUGGGCCUUCUGGAUCUGGCAAGACAAUAUUAAUGAAUGCUAAGUUAACUACUUUACCGACAGAAAAAUUUGCAGUAACUAAUGUACCGUUUAAUUUUUACACAACAUCGGAAAUGCUGCAGCGCAUAUUAGAAAAACCGCUAGAAAAAAAAGCUGGUCGCAAUUAUGGUCCAAUAGGUAACAAAAAAAUGAUUUAUUUUGUGGAUGAUAUGAAUAUGCCGGAAGUGGAUAAGUAUUUUACCGUUCAACCGCAUACACUGAUCAGGCAAUUUAUGGAUUAUCACCAUUGGUAUGAUCGAACUAAAAUGACUUUGAAAGAUAUACAUAAAUGCAAUGUAGUUUCGUGCAUGAAUCCUUCAGCAGGAUCUUUUACAAUCAAUCCAAGAUUACAAAGGCACUUUUGCUCCUUUGCAGUAAAUCAGCCAAGUCAGGAGGCUUUAUUUCAUAUUCUUAAUUCAAUACUCUCUCAGCAUUUGGAAAACCCACAACAUAAGUUUGAUAAAAACAUUAUUAAGGAAUGUACAGCUCUUGUCAAUACAGCCAUUGCCCUACAUCUAAAAGUGGUCAGUUCCUUUCUUCCCACAGCAUUGAAAUUUCAUUACAAUUUUAAUUUACGUGACCUAGCCAAUAUAUUUACGGGUGUUCUCUAUGCUAAUAAUGAAACAUGCCCCAAUUUCAAUCUUUUAAUUCGUUUAUGGGCUCACGAAUGUUUUCGAGUAUAUGGCGAUAAACUUGUGGAUCAAACUGAUAUAGGGAACUUUAAAAAGGUAAUUACCGAUGUAGUGCGAAAAGGAAUAGAAGGCAUUAGUGAGGAUAUUAUAUAUGCACAGCCCCACAUAUUUUGCCAUUUUGCAAAAGGUCUAUCAGAUAUUAAAUAUAUGCCUAUAUUAAACUGGGAUCGCUUAAAAUCAUUGUUAGAAGAAGCUCAGAUGCGUUAUAAUGACUAUGUAGGAGCGAUGAAUUUGGUGCUUUUCGAUGAUGCCAUGUCACAUGUUUGUCGGAUAAGUAGAAUUUUAGAAUCUUCAAGAGGAUAUGCUCUUUUAAUUGGAGUUGGCGGUUCAGGGAAACAAUCGCUUACUCGUUUAGCGGCAUUUAUUUCCUCUCUAGACGUCUUUCAGAUUCAACUAACAAAAGAUUACAGCGUCAAUGAUUUAAAAACAAAUAUUGCUGUAUUAUAUUCAAAGGCGGGAGUCAAAAGCACAGCGUGCUGUUUUUUAAUGACUGAUUCCGAGGUUGCGCGUGAACAGUUUUUAGUUCUUGUUAAUGAUCUUUUGGCGUCUGGGGAUAUACAUGAACUUUUUCCCGAUGACGAAAUGGAAAACGUUAUAGGGGCUGUACGUAACGAAGUAAAGCAACUUGGAAUUAUUGACAGUCGCGAAAAUUGCUGGAAGUAUUUUAUUGAGAAGGUUCGCAGUCUUCUGAAAGUGGUUCUGUGCUUUUCGCCUGUUGGUGCAACGCUUCGUGUACGGUCAAGAAAAUUUCCUGCCCUUGUUAACUGCACUACAAUAGAUUGGUUUCAUGAGUGGCCACAGCAAGCACUUGAGUCUGUAUCAAUGCGAUUUUUAUCAGAGAUUACUGUGCUGCCAAUAGAAUUAGCACCGCCUGUUUCGAAAUUCAUGGCUUACGUGCAUAAGACUGUUAACGAUAUUUCUGAGCUGUACUUAGCCAGUGCAAAACGAUACAACUAUACCACACCCAAAUCUUUUCUUGAGCUGAUUUCUCUUUAUUCGAAACUAUUAUAUGAAAAAGUCAAUGCUAAUUUGGAUCGUCGAAAUCGAUUAGAAAAUGGUUUAAUUAAACUUGCUAGUUGCACUAAUGAAGUAGAUGCUCUCCAGGAUGUUCUUAAAGUACAAGAAGUCGAAUUAAAAGUGAAAAAUCAGGAGGCAGAUAAUCUUAUAAUAGUGGUCAGCACAGAAAAUGAAAAAGUAUCGAAAGAACGCGCUUAUGCCACUAAAGAGGAAAAAAAUGUGCGUCAGAUUGAAGAAGAUGUGGGAGCUAAGGCCAAACUGUGCGAAGAAGAUUUUCGUAAGGCUCAACCGGCACUUCUCGCUGCUCAGGAAGCCCUUAAUACUCUCAAUAAAAAUAACUUAACUGAGCUUAAGUCAUUUGGAUCACCCCCAGAUGCUGUAGUGGGUGUAUGUAGUGCUGUUUUGGUACUUUUUUCUCCUAAUGGAAAAAUACCUAAGGACCGUAGUUGGAAAGCGUCUCGUGGUAUGAUGGGCAAUGUUGACAAAUUUCUCGAUAAUUUAAUUAAUUAUGAUAAAAAGCACAUACACCCAGAUGUAAUAAAGGCAUUACAGCCAUAUGUUCUAGACCCUGAAUUCAAUCCAGAAAAAAUUAUAUCAAAAUCAUCUGCAGCUGCCGGUUUGUGUUCAUGGGUAAUUAAUAUUAACCGGUUUUAUGAUGUGUAUCUCGUGGUUGAACCUAAGGAACGAGCUCUUGUUGAAGCUGAGAAGGAACUAAAUGAUGCAAGAGAUAAACUUACGGCAUUGAAUCAGCGACUUAAUGAACUCGAACAGGAGUUAAAUAUCCUACAAAUUUCAUUCGAUGAGGCAAUGGCAAAAAAACAAAAGUGUCAAGAUGAAGCAGAUAAAACUGCUUUUACCAUCGAUAUAGCUAACCGAUUAAUAGGUGGACUAGCUACGGAGAAAGUUCGAUGGAUAGAUUCCGUGAAAAACAUAACAUUGGGCAUUAGACAACUACCUGGAGAUAUAUUACUUAUAUCAUGUUUUAUAUCUUAUGUUGGCUGCUUUACUCGUGUUUAUAGAACAGAAUUGCAACAAAAGAUGUGGAUGCCGACCUUUCAAAAUAUGCAGCCCCCAAUACCUUCGACAGAGGGAAUUGAUCCAUUUGAAAUGAUCUGUGAUGAUGCACAAAUUGCUGAAUGGAACAAUCAAGGACUACCAAGUGACCGUAUGUCCGCGGAAAAUGCCGCCAUUUUAGUUCAAUCUCAGCGAUAUCCGCUUAUGAUUGAUCCUCAACUCCAGGGCAUAAAGUGGGUUAAGUCCAAAUAUGGACCAUCUCUCGUUGUAUUGCGGCUUACCCAAAGAGGCUACCUUGACUUGGUUGAAAAAGCGGUUAGCAAUGGAAACGUUCUCUUGAUUGAAAACAUUGGAGAGAAUGUCGACGCUGUUCUUAAUCCAUUACUGGGUCGCAUGCUUAUUAAGAAGGGAACAAUAUUAAAAAUUGGGGACCGUGAAAUUGACUUUAAUCCGAAUUUUCGUUUGAUUUUGCAUACAAAGUUAGCCAACCCACAUUAUAAACCUGAAAUGCAAGCACAAACUACACUAAUAAAUUUUACAGUAACUCGUGACGGAUUAGAAGAUCAACUAUUAGCUGAAGUAGUCAAAGUUGAGAGACCUGACUUAGAAUCUAUGAGAACUCGCCUAACACAACAACAAAAUCAUUUUAAAAUUACAUUAAAACUUUUGGAAGAUGAUCUUUUGGCCCGAUUGUCCUCAGCUGGUGAUAAUGUUCUUGAAGAUAUAACCUUGGUAAUGAAUCUAGAAAAAACAAAAAAAACGGCAGAUGAAAUUGAAAUAAAGGUUGCUGAAGCAAAGAUUACAGGUGUUCAAAUUGACACCGCCAGAGAAGCAUACAGACCUGCUGCCGAGCGAGCUUCUAUUAUAUAUUUUAUACUUAAUGACUUAUUUAAAAUAAAUCCAAUCUAUCAGUUUUCCUUAAAAGCAUUCACAGUAGUAUUUAAUAAUGCAAUGAUUAACUCUGCUCCUGCUGAAAAACUUAAGGAUCGUGUUGAUAAUUUAAUGGAAUCAAUUACAUAUAGCUGCUACAUUUACACAUCUCGAGGACUUUUUGAGCAAGACAAACUAAUAUUUCUUACCCAAAUGUGUUUACAAAUCUUGGUUAAUAUGGGUGAAGUGGAGCCAACUGAACUUGAUUUUCUUCUGCGAUUUCCUUAUAUGGCCAAUCAAACUUCAAAUUUUUCUUGGCUUAGUCAUACUGGAUGGGGGGGAAUACGUGCUUUAAAUAACUUGCCAGCUUUUAAAGGACUUGAAAAAGAUAUUGAAGGAUCUCACAAACGCUGGAUGAAAUUUAUUGAUUCGGAGUGCCCAGAAAAUGAAAAAUUACCUGGUGAAUGGAAAACAAAAUCGGCAAUUCAGAGGUUGUGCAUAAUGCGUUGUAUACGUCCAGACCGGAUGUCAUACGCCAUGAAAGGCUUCAUUGAUGAGAAAUUAGGUUCAAAGUAUAUUGAUGCACGCUCUAUAGAAUUCUCUAAAACCUUUAAAGAGUCAAGCCCUGAAACUCAUAUUUUCUUUGUUCUAUCGCCUGGUGUUGACCCGCUAAAAGAUGUUGAAAAAAUUGGAAAAGUCUUGGGUUACAGCUUUGAUCAUGAGAACUUUCAUAGUGUGUCAUUAGGUCAAGGGCAAGAAAUUAUUGCUGAAAAAGCUAUUGAAACAGCUUCUCAACAAGGUCAUUGGGUCAUUCUACAGAAUAUUCACCUUGUUGCACGCUGGCUGUCUAGCCUUGAAAAGAAAAUAGAAGCAUCCCUUAUCAACGUGAAUCCGAAAUAUAGACUUUUUUUGAGUGCUGAACCUGCAGCUGAUCCAAUGAAUCAUAUUCUACCACAAGGCAUUCUUGAGUCUGCAAUUAAAAUUACCAAUGAACCACCAACAGGAAUGAUGGCCAAUAUACAUAAAGCUUUAGAUAACUUUACCGAUGAAACUCUAGAGAUGUGCUCUAAGGAAACCGAAUUUAAAGCUAUUCUUUUUUCACUGUGUUAUUUUCAUGCCGUCGUAGCAGAACGUCGUAAAUUUGGACCACAGGGAUGGAAUCGUUCGUAUCCGUUUAAUGUGGGCGAUCUUACAAUUUCAGUGUAUGUUCUUUUUAAUUAUUUGGAAGCUAACACUCGAGUUCCGUGGGAAGAUCUACGUUAUUUGUUUGGUGAGAUCAUGUAUGGUGGACAUAUUACAGAUGAUUGGGACCGUCGAUUGUGCCGCACCUACCUUGAGGAAUUUAUGCAGCCAGAGCUUAUCGAUGGGGAUCUAGAGUUCUGCCCGGGUUUUCCAGCUCCAGGAAUUCUAAAAUACGCUGGAUAUCAUUUGUAUAUCGAUGAAAAUUUGCCAUCAGAAAGCCCUGCUCUUUAUGGGUUAAAUUUAAACGCAGAAAUUGGAUUUCUUACGACAGUAUCAGAGCGACUUUUCCGAAUAGUAUUUGAAUUACAACCUCGUAUGUCUAGCGGUUCAGGCGGAAGUGGUGAGUCUGUCUCACAAGAGGAUAUUAUUAAAGGAGUUAUUGAAGACUUACUAGAUAAAGUUCCCACGCCAUUUAAUAUUGUUGAGCUUAUGGGGCGUGUAGAGGAUCGUAAUCCAUACAUUAUAGUUGCUUUUCAAGAAUGUGAACGGAUGAAUAUUCUUAUGUCGGAACUUAGACGAUCACUUAACGAAUUAGACUUGGGCCUUAAAGGGGAACUAACAAUAUCAUCCAUUAUGGAAGAUCUUAUGUUAUGUCUCUAUAUGGAUCAAGUACCAGAGCAGUGGACCAAGCUCGCCUAUCCAAGCCUGUUAGGUCUUCAAUCUUGGUUUGGAGACCUCAUGCAGCGUCUUCGAGAAUUAGAAAGUUGGGUUUCUGACUUUAAAUUGCCAUCAUCUAUUUGGUUAGCUGGUUUCUUCAAUCCACAGUCUUUACUAACUGCAAUUAUGCAGCAAACAGCACGAAAAAAUGAAUGGCCACUUGAUCGAAUGUGUCUUAACUGUGAUGUUACAAAAAAAUUUAAGGAGGAAUUCACUUCUGCACCUAGAGAAGGAGCUUAUGUCAAUGGAUUGUUUAUGGAAGGCGCUAGGUGGGACAUGAAAAUGAGCACAAUAACAGAUGCCCUAAACAAAGAAUUAUUUCCUUCUAUGCCCGUUAUUUACAUUAAAGCUGUUACACAGGAUAAACAGGAUACAAAGAAUGUUUAUGAAUGCCCAGUAUAUAAAAUACGGUAA